UUACAUUUCAUUACGUUACUUCUCUCUCUCGUUCUGAAUCUUUCGGCAUUCUCUUGCAGCGUGAAUCGGUGCAAGCGCUCCUUAGCUGAGAUUGCUGUUAAAGCAGUUCUUGCUGUUGCUGAUCUGGAGAGGAAGGAUGUUAACUUGGACUUGAUUAAAGUCGAGGGCAAAGUAGGGGGGAAGCUGGAAGACACAGAGCUAAUUUAUGGUAUUGUUGUUGACAAGGAUAUGAGCCAUCCGCAGAUGCCAAAGAGAAUUGAAAAUGCGAAAAUAGCUAUUCUUACUUGCCCUUUUGAGCCGCCUAAGCCCAAGACUAAGCAUAAGGUUGACAUUGACACACUGGAAAAAUUCCAGACCUUACGUCAACAAGAGCAGAAAUACUUUGAUGAAAUGGUUCAGAAAUGCAAGGAUGUUGGUGCUACCCUGGUUAUUUGUCAGUGGGGGUUUGAUGAUGAAGCGAAUCACUUAUUAAUGCACCGGAACUUGCCUGCUGUAAGAUGGGUUGGUGGAGUAGAGUUAGAGUUGAUUGCAAUAGCUACAGGUGGAAGAAUUGUGCCAAGGUUCCAGGAAUUGACACCGGAAAAGCUGGGAAAGGCUGGUUUAGUGAGAGAAAAAUCAUUUGGGACCACUAAAGACAGAAUGCUCUAUAUUGAGCAGUGUGCAAAUUCAAGGGCUGUGACUAUAUUCAUUCGUGGUGGUAACAAAAUGAUGAUAGAGGAGACAAAGCGCAGCCUCCAUGAUGCCUUGUGUGUGGCUAGGAAUCUAAUCCGCAAUAACUCUAUUGUAUACGGUGGUGGAUCAGCUGAAAUUUCUUGCUCACUUGCUGUUGAGGCUGCUGCGGACCGAUAUCCAGGAGUGGAGCAGUAUGCUAUCAGGGCCUAUGCUGAUGCUUUGGACUCAAUUCCUAUGGCACUUGCCGAGAACAGUGGCCUCCAACCCAUCGAAACACUAUCUGCAGUCAAAUCUCAACAACUCAAGGAGAACAACCCCUGUUGUGGGAUAGACUGCCAUGAUGUUGGGACAAAUGACAUGCAUGAACAGAAUGUUUUUGAGACUUUGAUUGGAAAGCAGCAGCAGAUCUUGCUGGCCACUCAAGUCGUCAAAAUGAUUCUCAAAAUUGAUGAUGUCAUCUCGCCUUCUGAUUACUGAUUCAUCAGGUAGAUUUCUUUGUGAACCAGCUUGGAGUUCUGCAUUUCCUGAAAGCAUCACAUGAUUUGUGUUUGUUCACACGUUGCAUGUUGGGUCAAAUGCCAUAUUUUGAUUAAUGGAAUGAUUGUAUGGAGAUUUGACUGCUUCA